ACACACACACACACACACACACACACACACACACACACACACACACACACACACACACACACACACACUGAGGAGAGGCAGCAAACAAGACGCUAUCAUGACGCGAUGGCUUCAGGCUGCAAAACAGACACUUGCAGCGAUCGCCUCAGGAAGACGUGGACACAGUGGAUUCCAUCUUCAACCCUCUGUGAAUUAAAUUAACGCCAAGGCUCGUCACAUUGUUCUAAAUCAGACUGGAAGAAGACCGGACUGCUGCUCUUACACUAUAAUUCUUAUGGUUUCAAGAGACAUAUAUUACUCUGGGAGUGGACAAUACGUGAAAGCAGAAGGAUGUCUUAAAUUGGAAAUGAAUCAAGAUGUUAAUGCCUGGAUCCUUUUCUCGCCCAACAGGAAUGUAAUGGAAUAACGUAUGCCGAGACUGAUUGACUACAGGCUCAAAUAAAGGCCAUUAGCCUCCCCUCUUAGCAGUGGACGCAUCAAGAACAGGGUGUUUUUGUCGUGCUACACUUCUUGCUCCCUCCCGUUGAAUGUACGAUGGAAUAAACCCUGCGACGUGAGAAGAAGAACCAGAACAAGCAGCUCAAAAAGACAGUAGCUGUAUCGGAACAUAAAGCCCCUUCCCCUGGCUGCAGAGGGGAACGAGGGGUGUGUUCGGAGGUUCACCCCCACCAGGCUGCCGCUCGCAGAUGGAGGCCCACCAACACUCCCCAGAUAGCAGCAGUGAGGAGUGCACCGUCCUGGAGGCUCCGCCCGGCAAAAACGCCUGCCCACAACAUGCAGGGAAGGUGGCGGACCUGUACUGUUCGGCCUGUGAGGUUGCGCUGUGUGAAGACUGUGUGUUGGAGCAUGAAGAGCACCCAAAGGUGGCCCUCAGCCAGGCCCUGGAGCAGCAUCGUAUCAGCCUGCAGGAGAGGCUGGGGUCUGUCAACAACAGACUCCCUCAGAUUUCAGAUGCCCUGUCCUUCGUCAAGGAGAUCCUCCAGCAGCUGACCAAUCAGAGAGCUUCCAUUGAGGAGGACAUCCAGUCGAGCUUCGAGGACCUGCACAAGCAGCUGGAUGUCCGGAAGAGUGUCCUGCUGAUGGAGCUGGAAGUUACAUACGGACUCAAACAGAAGGUCCUUCAGGCGCAGGUAGACAGUCUUGUCCGAGGAGAGGGGGACAUCACGGCCACCUGUACCCAGACGGAGGAGGCCCUGGCUGGGGAGGCCUGCGUGGCGAGCCUGCAGGUGGAGCAGGAGCUGCAGGAGAGGCUGGGGGAGCUGGUGGGCCUGGGCCUACCAUGCCAGCCAGAGGAGAACGACCAGCUGGAUCUGGUGAUGGAGACGGACGGGCUGAGGAAGUCCAUACACAACCUGGGGACCAUCGUCACGACCAGUGCGGUGGCGAGCCAAAGUGAAGCCAUGGGCGCCGGCCUGGAGCAGUGUGUUGUGGGACAUCCUGCCUCGGUUACUAUCGUUACAAGGGACAAGUCAGGGGGAGCGUGCAAGAGUGGUAACGCAAUCCUAUCGGCUGAGGUCUUCACCCCAGAUGGCAGCAUAGUAGACGGUGAGAUCGUGGACCACAAGAACGGGACAUAUGAGUUUGUGUACAUCGUACCAAAGGAGGGCAACUUCUCGCUGGCUCUCCGACUGUAUGACCAGCACAUCAAGGGAAGUCCUUUCAAACUGACCGUCACCAGGGUCUCAGAGGCAGAGGUAGAGGUAUCUCCAUCCACGACGACAGCAACCAACUCAGCAGCCAACGCCACCCCAUCCACAGGUUCCUCUGAGGGGGCAAAGAGACGAGGGAAGUCCCCGGGCCAAAAGAAGAAGGGCUCCAAGAGGGCCAGUAGCGCCCUGGGCACCCCACGGCGCAAAACUCAGAACCCCAUCGAGGAUGACCUCAUCUUCAGGAUUGGAACAAAAGGCAGGAAUAAAGGAGAGUUCACCAACCUCCAAGGAGUGGCUGCCUCUUCCAACGGCAGGAUACUGAUUGCCGACAGCAACAAUCAGUGUGUCCAGAUUUUCUCCAAUGAGGGGGAAUUCAAGAGUCGUUUUGGAGUGCGGGGACGAUCGCCGGGUCAACUGCAACGCCCCACCGGCGUAGCCGUGCACCCCAGUGGUGACAUAAUCAUCGCCGACUACGACAACAAGUGGGUCAGCAUCUUCUCCUGCGAGGGCAAGUUCAAGGCAAAGCUCGGCUCUGGUAGGCUUAUGGGGCCUAAAGGCGUGUCCGUGGAUGAAAAUGGUCACGUGAUUGUGGUGGACAACAAGGCGUGCACUGUCUUCAUCUUCCAACUGACUGGCAAGCUCAUCACCAAGUUUGGUAGUCGGGGCAACGGUGACAAGCAGUUUGCAGGUCCACAUUUUGCAGCAGUGAACAAGAACAACGAGAUCAUUGUGACAGACUUCCAUAACCACUCUGUCAAGGUUUUCACCCCCGAGGGAGAGCUGGUGUUGAAGUUUGGCUCAAACGGUGAAGGAAACGGCCAGUUCAACGCUCCCACCGGUGUCGCCGUGGACAUCAAUGGGAACAUCAUUGUAGCCGACUGGGGCAACAGCAGGAUACAGGUGUUUGACGGCAGCGGCUCCUUUCUGUCCUACAUCAACACAUCGGCAGACCCUCUGUAUGGACCACAAGGUCUGGCUCUGACCUCAGAUGGACACGUGGUGGUUGCCGACUCUGGCAACCACUGCUUCAAAGUCUACCGAUACCUACAAUGAUGGAGGCUUGGACGGGGAUGUGAAGAGGAGGCAGGAGGGAGGUGGACGGGGGAGCAGUUGUUGGAUGUUGUUGGAGAUAUGGUGCGCAAUGUCAUAUUCUAGGAAUUACUGCAUAAACCUUUACCGCUGCCUGUAACUCUGGAUGGAAGCAUGGACAGAAGAUAGGAAAAAACAAAAGAGAUGGAUUAGCUGAGCUGCCAUCAAUACACUGUCAGAACUGCAAUGGGAAUGUCUAACUUUGACAUCUGUGAUGAUUUUGAGAUGUCUGAAGAGGGGAUGAAGAUCAUAGAAAAUGGAAUGGAAAAAUACAAUGUUCUUGACAAAGAAGUACACCAGAAUGGGUAACACAAGUGAAAUGUGAAAUGCAGCAGUAAAUUAACGAUGCCAAAAUCAAGAGGCAACUCUUCUUCCAGCCUGACAUGAGUGGAACAAUAGAGGAUUGAAUGAAAAAGGCUUUAAGAAAACAAAGGGAAAACAAAAGAAAGUUGCAAGAAGAGCCGUGAAACCACUGCUUCCCUAAUCUACAAUGUAGUGAAUGCUGGAUAAAGGUAUCAAAGAAGUAUCAAAGCCAUGAAAACAUACAUAGAGGAUAUGAAGUGGAGAGAAUGGAUUGGAGGAUUGAAAGUUUUCUAAUGUUCUGCCUUCUCAUAUUGUAUGUAAUCCACAAAAUAAUAGCCAAUGAGCUAAAAGAGGUCUAUGUCUGUGACAUUAUUUGGUCUUUUACAUUACUACAAACUUCCCUGCAGUUUAACCCGUAACAUUGGAAGCUAGAAUUUGCUACUAAAUCUGCACUCAACUUUAAACUCGUUUAGCAGUAGAGGGAUGCAGUUGUGUUGGGAAAUUCCCAGCAAUGAACGCGUUAAUUUGUAAAUAUUGCGAUAAAAAAGGACAACUUCUCCCAGUCAAACUUCCUGUGAUUGUUGGCUGAUUAUAAAAAAUAGAAUGUUAGACUAAGACAUGGGCCACUUUUAGCCUGUUGUGCAUUGUUUGUAUCUUAGGAUUGUUUGAAUAUGGAAUGUUUAUUUUGUUUCCCAUAUGCUAGCAUUCUUUACACGUUAGAAACGAUCGCUUGACUCUAAUUCUGAUUGUCUGAGUGACUGAUUGAUCGAUUGAUUGGCUUGAUUGACUCAGUAGCUUUGACGGGCAUCAUUGUCUCUCUCUGCUUGGUUUGAGUGUUCAUAUAUUUUUCCUGAAAAAUCCGUUGCAAUGAGAAUAAGUCUAUAAAUCUAUCCUAUAUAUUUGUGAGAAGACGUUUAAUAAUAUGUAAAAUGCUCAAAGUAAUCAACAUAUUUGGAAUCAGCAACAUUUUCACACUCGUUUCUGCUUGACAUCUCGGUAACAAAAGAGAAAAGGGAAUUACAGACUGUUGGGUUCACUCCUUGCCAAAGCCAAGGAUUUUGAGAAUGCUGUAAGAGUUACAUGAAGUGCUGUCACCCGCUUGUACAAUUCCACAUGUUCUGUCCAAAAAAAAGAGAAUACCUCAGUGUUUUAGAAGCAUGCCUCUGUUAUCAUGUGAUUGUUGACAUCUGACAUACCAGAUUUCAACUGUAAGCUCCCAUUUUACAAACUGUUCACCCACAGCACAAGACAAUUAACACCUCGUUUCCACAUAGCUUGUCAACCGGAACUCCAUUUGUUUCAUUGUCGACCAAAUGUGUCUAUGGAACUAGUUCACUCAUGAAAGUUUGCCUUCAGCAUGUAAAACAACGUGAACUUUUAAAGUGGAUUUUGGAAAGACUGUUACAGUAAAAUUGAGCUACUUUCACACCUGGUUAAUGAUUAUAUGUUUAAACCUAGCUGCAACCUCCAAGAGUGAAAACUAAGUGCCAACCCCUGCAUUUCCUUGAAUGACCACUGGACCACAUGAAUCAAUCCAUAUAUACCCCGAUGGUAAACUGGCCAACUUUACAGUGGAAAGUACUGAUGCUCCAUGCUCAUAUUCCAUAAAACUAGAUGGGGUAAAACCUAUUGCCUUCCGUCCAUCUGUGAAAAGAUGCAUUUCAUAACAUUGAACACUAGAGGGCAUAGUCUGUAUGCUAUACAGAAUUAUGGGCACCAAACAAAAGGUGGCUUUGUAGAUGCACAUCUACCUGUUUGCUGCUACUAUUGUGCUGCAGUUGAUCCUUUUAAUUUUGCGCUCGCUGUAGAAAAGACAAAAGUCAUAAAUGAUGUUUGUACAUGAAUAUAAAGCAAUUUUGAUUCGCAAAAAAAUGUGAUUUACGCUCGUUUCCAUUAAUUUCUUUGGAAUUCAUAAACUAGGCUAUGUAGUGUCAUCAGAAGGUGUCUGUAGAGACUACAUUAGAUUGUCAAAAAACAAAUUGGCGCUGUCUGAAGAUGAAGAUAAGGAAAGACAUGGAAAAAGCUGACUGUUACAUCAAGACUUAUUCAGAAAAGAUGCUACAAACUAUCCCAAGCCAUUAAUUUUCUAAUGGGACCAUUCAAAAACAUAAAAAACAGGAUGGAAACGUGGCGAGUGAAACUGACUACUGUUGCAUUAGUGUUCAGAAGCAGCAUUAACAGGUGUUGCUCUGUUCGUCUGCAUUGGUUGAAUUCCCCAGAAUCCUUCACUGUUUCAUAAACCAUAUAUCUGCCUAAAGCUAUGUGGAAACGAGACAAGCAACCAUGACAGUAACAUCAGUAAAGUACACUUAAGGACAUUAAACACCUGUGAAAUUCCAAAGCAUUUACUUGUAACUUAUGGAAAAGUGCCACGUGAUACAAUAAAAACACAGGACAUUUACAUGAGCUAUUGACGAGGCAAGAACCAUAUUUAAGUUACUUACAUGAUUGUUGAGUUGGACACUGUUAAUAUAAGAGAAACACCGGAUGUUUGUGGUCGCCGAAGUGGCGUCCUGUCAGUUAUUCACACAGCAUUCAGUCUUUUUUGAACAAUUAAUUAAGAGAAACAUUAAUCACCAUGUUCACAGCCGGGUCAAAGAUUUUCUAAGUUAUUUAUUACUUCUAUUUAUUAUUUAUUUAUUUGGUUAGUCAUUCUAAUCUUGCCAUUUGAUUGUGUUCCACCAUGUGCUUUGAGAUUCUUAAGUGCCCAUAACAUUUCUUCUUUUUGUACAUUUCAUCUGAAUAUGAUUGUGGUGACUUGUAUGUGUGUUUUGCUACGUUUUAUUCCUGUUAUUUAUUUAUUUUUGUUGUUGUUGUCAUUUUUGUCAAGUUGAAGCUGUCAUGCUGUGGGGCAAAAAAAAAUAUUCAAGCUUGCCAGUUAGCCGGAAUAGGUUGUUAGCAUUGCAUUUCCGAUCAAAACCAAUGGUCAGAAAGCUAACGAGUAGCCUGUAGUACAGCACAAUGAUCAAACUGAUUAAAACAAUUUGCUUUUGAAUGCUAAUACUGCCAGUUCUGAAUGUGGUUACAGGCUAACUUAAUAGCUCAUUUUUGCUAUUGGUUUAGAUACUGAAUGCUCAUCACUUUUACAGAUAGCUAAGACAUUAUAGUUUUUAGAAGAAAAUAAAAAAAGACACAAGUGCAUGUUCAAUAAAAUAAUAGGUUAAAAUGAAAGGAGUUCACAUGGUUCCUCAUUUGUGCCGAUUGUUCAAGAGUCUUUUAAAAGUACUUUUUCUGACUUUAUUCAAGCGCCCAACAAUCCUGGAGGACAUUUUUGGAUUUGUCGGCGCUUAUUGAUUGUUUCAACAAAAUCUGGCCACGUUUUUUAAAGUAAUCCAGGCUUUGUUUGCUGGAUAUUCAGCCUUAAUGUCAGUAAUACAUAUGAAUGUUUCAAAGUCGGUAUGAUGGAACUGCCUUCUCAGUAAUCUUGUUUUGAAAUUUUACGUAAACAUACAGUAAGUAAUAGUUAGCUAAAAACCAUUUCAAGCAUAAAUAGAUUAGAUUGGAGGCUACACAUCCAUUUGAGGGAACUUUGGUUCUGCUAAAAAAUAUCUUCGGGCUUCUGUGAGUGAGUGUGUGUGAGUUUUCACCUUGAAAUAGAUCAACAUUACAUAUUGCUGACAUUUUUUUCCCCUCAAAUGGAUAUGUGGUGUUGUGGAACACAGCUCAGUUCUUACAGUCGGUCACUUGCCUGCUCUUUUGCUCUCUGUAAUUACUAUCUGUCAUGUCUGUUCACUGUUAAUGGGCUAUCUCUUAGUGUUCACACACACUCAACACUGAAAUAAAGCAUUGAUUCCUAAAUGGCA